AUGGGAGGAAAUUAUCUGAUCCAAAAUGCGACCGUCGUCUCGAUAGAUCCUUCAAUUGGAAGCGUUCCCAAUUGUGACGUGCUCAUCCGAAAUGGAAUCAUUUCGGCUGUCGCCCCCAAUCUUCAGGCAUCACCAGACUGCAUCGUGAUUGAUGGAACGAACUCUAUUGUGUCGCCGGGUUUCGUGGAUACGCAUAGACAUACCUGGCAGACCCAGUUACGGACGAUUACUGCCGACUAUGUCCUGUCCGACUACGUCCUGAACAUACGCAAUGUAUAUGGCUCUUGCUACACCGCCCAUGACGCCUAUCUGGGCAAUUACUGCGGAGCUCUCGAGUCGAUUGACAAUGGCAUUACGUUCUUGAUUGACCAUUCUCAUAUCAUGAAUUCUCCUGAUCAUGCAGACGCCGCGAUCAGAGGGCUCAAAGAUUCAAAGAUCAGAGCUGUCUUCUGCUAUGGCUUGUACGAGAAUCCAUCAUGGGAUGGAUCUUGUCUAGUCGAAGAACAGCAGGAAAAUGAUCCUGAGUGGAGGCUGAAGGAUGCCAAGCGGGUAAAGGAGACGUACUUUAAGUCCAACGAGUCUACAGAUCUUGUGCGGUUUGGAUUUGCUCCGGCAGAAAUUGAAAGAUGUACGAUCCAACAAGCGGUCAGUGAGGUCGAAUAUGGAAGAUCGUUAAAUUCAGCCGUCAUCACUGGCCAUGUGGCCAUGGGGAAAUACGACCGGGGCGUUCACCUCGUCCGACAUUUCGAACAGAGAAAACUCCUGGGCCCAGAUCUUUUGUUCAGCCAUUGCGCCGCUUUGCAAGAUGACGAGCUCGAGGCUGUGAAGAAGAGUGGUGUUUCACUGUCCAGCACUCCAGAUACAGAGCUUCAAAUGGGAAUGGGUCAGCCCGUUGCCUUCAGAGCACGAAAGUAUGGUUGCAUAGCCAGCAUCGGGAUUGACAUUACCUCCAACAACCCUGCGGAUAUGUUCCAGCAAAUGCGUUUGCUCCUUCAAGCCCAACGACAUUUGGAGAAUGAGAGUCAUCCCGGCCCACGUCCUGGUGUCACUCAGCGAUGCGAAGAGGUUCUAGGAAUGGCCACCAUGGGCGGAGCAGAAGCUGUUGGACUCAAAGAUGUGAUUGGCAGCAUCACUCCAGGGAAACGGGCUGAUCUGCUCAUUACUCGCUGUGAUUCAACGAGACUGACGCCGGUCCAUGAUCCUGUUGCGGCACUCGUGCUCUAUGCAAAUGGCUCUGAUGUCGACACGGUGCUCAUCAACGGUGAGAUGGUGAAACAUAAGGGCCAGUUGACAGGUGUGGACUGGCCAAAAAUGCGCAACGAGCUUCGAGACUCUGCGGCAGCGAUCAUGGAACGUUCCAGAAAAGCUCCCGUGGCAGAGUUGAAGGCUGGCGUCACGGCACUCAUGCGAGCUCGAGCAGGCGAAGGAAAAGGACCCAAGUAG